UAGGAUACAUGUUAGACAUGUUGAAGUAAAAUGCGAUAUUUUUAUUUAACGAUUUUAUUUUUGUGCCUUAGCGCAGUACAAGAAUAUUCGUUUUCACGUGUAAAACCUACUGAACAUCCAAAACGGCAUAGAGCUGAAACCAACGAACAUGACCAUGGCAACCGAAAACCUAAAAAUGAAAUGAGACAUUUCCAAAACGAGAAAGAAAAACACGUAAGAGAUGAAAAAUUAAAAGAUGGAGGACAUAUAAAGGAUGAUAACGAAAAACAAGGAAGACAUGUGAAAGAUAAAAAACCAAAAGGCGCACGGCAUGUCAAAGUUGAGAAAUUAAGAGACAGAAAACAUAAAGAUGAUAAUGUAAAACUAAAAAGAAAUGUUAAAGAAGAAAAAUUGCAAGACGCAAGACAUAUAAAAGACGAAAACUUAAAAGAACCAAGGCACGCAAAAGAUGAAACAUUAAAAGAAAGAAGACAUAGAAAAGAUGGUAACGAAAAUCAAGUAAGGCAUUUAAAAAACGAAAAAUUGAAAAAGGUAAAGCAUAAAAAAGGCGAAAAUUUAAAAGAACCAAGGCACACAAAAGAUGACACAUUAAGAGAAAGAAGGCAUAAAGAUGACAAUAUAAAAGAAGGAAGGCACAUGAAAAAUGAAGAGCCAAAAGAAACACGACAUGUGAAAGCUGACAGACAUGUUAAAGAUGAUAAAUUAAAAGAUUCAACAUCACAGAAUACUACCAGAAAACAUCCAAAGGAUAUGAGACAUUUGCAAAACCUAAAAGGGAGUGACGUAAAAAAUGAUAAACUGAAGGUUUCAACAUUAGAAAGGAAUGCUAAAAGUCAUGAAAAUGUAACGACAACCAACAACGGGCCCGGUGUACCUAUAACAAAGUUACCAGACAAAAUUCUACAUAAGAUUAAAGGACGUGUCGCUGUAAAACAUUUGCUUGGCAAUCACACGUCACACCACAGAAAGCAUAAAAAGUCAGGAUCUCAUAAGACAAAGGAUGAUAAAUCAAAACCGGGUUUUAGAGCACGUGACAGUUAUUCAUAUACUUCUAGUAGUUCUACUCAGGAAAGGUGGCCAGAAGAAUGGGAUGACCAUUGGAUGCAGAAGAAAUUGGAAGCACUUAAUUCUUCGCAGGUUAGGGGCGACGUCAUCAAUAUGGCGGGUGCUAGGCCAUGGGCAUUUCCUUGUGGAGAUCCAGGGCAACAUGAUUUACCAUGGGGCACAUGCAUGCUAGCUCAAGAAUGUGACGCCGAAUAUCGAAUCUACCGCGGUGACUCUUUUUGUGGAAGGACUUCUUUGGUAUGUUGUGCACUUCAGUUGUCCAACUACGACUUCUAUCAUGGAAUCGAUAUAUCCUUUGGCGGCACCAGUUACUCAUCGAAUUCUCAAGAAGACGCUAUUCAUAUAGUUGGGUCAAAAGAACGUAAGCGGAGAUUAGAAAAGAAAGAAAAAGAAAGACGUAAACAUGACAGAGCCAGAAGGAAAAAGAAAAUGCAAAAGAGUAUCAAAAGUAUUGUUCAAGAAGUAAAAACUAUUUUGAACAAAGCAUUCAAAAAUGGUACAUCGGAACGACAGAGAAAGAUUAAUCGUAUAAGAGAUUAUAUAAACAAUAUGAAGAAGCAAUAUAGAAAGGAUCGCGAAAAUCUUGUAAAACUGCAUCAUGACCAGAUGAUAGUGACCGAUGAGAAGUUCCAAGUUAAGCUUAACCAGGUCAAAGGUUUGAACCAAGCGUUUAUGACUAAUGAUACAUUCAGGGAUAUUAUUGUUAACGGGACUAUUAACAAAGAUAAACUCACGGUGUUGUUACGUGAACAGCCGCAACUGACGCAAUAUUUCAAGACUAGACGUUCAGGUGGCGGGGAGCCAUAUCUAGGCCCAGAUAAAGAGGUGACAGGUGAAGACAAGUAUAAGCAUGAGCGCCAAGUCAUGGAUACCAAAUCUAAGUCUCAGGAAUAUGAUGUGGAGUAUGGAGUUCUAUAUUACUGAGUAA